AUGCUUACUACAAAAAAACUACUGACUGCCGUAUUCCUGCUUUUCGCGGGGAUCAUAUCUGCACAGGGUCAACCCAAAAAAGCGAUCGGUGAUAAGAUUGUUGCUGUUGUCGGUGACAGGAUUAUCCUCUAUUCCGAUAUCAAAAAUUCUAUUGCCGAUGCAGCCCGUGGUGGCCAGGAACUUCCUCCGAAUGCGGAGUGCAUGAUCGUUGAACAGGCGGUGGUAUCCAAAGUAUUGAUGUUGCAGGCUGAAAAAGAUUCUUUACCUGUUACGGAAGAAGAUGUAGAAGCGGAAUUAGAUCAACGUAUCCGCUACUUCAUCAACCAGGUGGGAAGCCAGGAAGAAUUGGAAAGAUAUGCGGGAAAAUCUGUUUACCAGAUCAAAGACGAUGCACGUGAAUCAGUAAGAGAAAGAAAGCUUGCCGAAGCAAUGCAGCAAAAAAUAGUAUCCGGCGUCAAGAUCACCCCCACAGAAGUAAAAGCCUUUUUCGAUAAGAUACCGAAAGACAGUUUGCCAUUCUUUGAAUCAGAGUUGGAAAUAGGUCAAAUCGUUAUUUAUCCCAAGGCCUCCCGUGAUCUCGAGCAGUAUAUUAUUUCAGAGAUGAACAAUUACAAGAAACAGGUAGAAACAAAAAUGGCCACGUUCGAGCAGUUGGCUAAACGAUAUUCUGAAGAUCCGGGAAGUAAGGAUCGCGGGGGUCAGUAUCAAAUCAAUCGUAAUGAAAAAACAUGGGACCCGGUUUUCUUAUCCACUUCUUUCCGACUGAAAGAAGGGGAAAUCUCGGCGCCGGUAAAAUCUAAUAAGUUUGGAUUCUUCCUUAUCAAAAUGAUAGAACGCAAUGGUGAUGACGCGGUAAUCCAGAUGAUAUUGAGAGUUCCGCCGGUAACAGACGCUGAGAUCAACACCGCGAAAGGACGUUUGGAUACAGUUCGUUCGAAGAUUGUUGCGGGUACAUUGGGUUUCAAUGAAGCCGCAAAGAAAUAUAGUGAUGACGAUGCGCAAAAAUUCACCGGCGCUUUUGUGUUGAAUCGUGAUGGUUCUCCAUACGUAACGAUUGAUCAAUUGGACAAAGACAUGGUCGCAUUACUGACAAAGAUGAAAGGGGGUAUUUGUGAAAUGCCUUCGUCUUCAUCCCAGAAAUUGCGGCCAAGACUGCGCAUCAUUCGUUCGCAGGCGGCAGGUGAGAAUACUUUAUUUGUGUAA